AUGUCUACCAACGUUGUUACUCCCGUGUAUCAGGUCUCUUGUUUGACAGAUCCAUCAUAUGAUGCAGUUUUGUUACUGAAUGAUGAUAUUGAAAAUUUACCAAGAACUUUACAGCUGGCUUAUAAGUCCUUGAAGGAGUUCUGUGAGGUUAAUCCUAAGUUUUCAGAUGAAAUCAGUGUGAUUCCAUUCCCAGAACAUCCAUCAAAAAGAUUAAUUUUUAGUCCAACUGGUCGGUUAAAUACAGAUGAAGCGGACAUUCGUAGUGUGUAUGAUGCUGCUGUGAAUGGCAUGUUAAAGUUGUUAAACAUAGGUUGUAAAUCACCGCUAUUAUGUUGUGGAUCAUUCAUAUCAGCACCGAAAGAUUCUCAAUGGUCUGAACGUAAUUGUUUAUUACUAAAUGCUGUAUUGGGAGCAUAUCAUGCAUUGUACACACCUCUUGAGGUUCGUGAAAUGCUUCCUGAGAAAUUUCCUAAAGCUAUUCGAUUUGGGGUGAUGGAAGCUAAUGACUCCUUACUAGAUAUCGCUAAAGCUAUUGAAGAAGGACGAACAUUAGCACGAGAUAUCGGUGGUUCGGAUCCUGAACGAAUGGCAGCCCCAAAAAUUGCUGAAUACCUACAAAAUGCUUUAAAUGGUCUUAAAGGUGUUACAAUCACUGUCGAUAAGGUUGAUGCUAAGAAAUACCCAUUAAUGGCAGCGGUAAAUAGAGCAGCAUCAGUUGUACCUCGUCAUGAUGGGAGAGUUGUUCAUAUUGAUUAUAAACCGUCGAAUUCCAAAGAGAUCGAUACAUCAUUAUUUCUUGUCGGUAAAGGUAUCACUUAUGAUACUGGUGGAGCUGAUGUUAAAGCCGGUGGAAUUAUGGCUGGGAUGCAUCGAGAUAAAUGUGGUGCUGCAGCAAUAGCUGGUUUAAUGAAAACUAUUGGAUUACUGCAACCAGACGGUAUAAGUGUUUCAGCAGGUUUGGCAUUUGUGCGAAAUAGUGUUGGAGCUGAAUCAUAUGUUGCCGAUGAAAUAAUCAUUGCACGCUCUGGACAACGUGUACGUAUUGGUAAUACAGAUGCUGAAGGUAGAACGGUUAUGGCUGACUUAUUAUGUGAAGCAAAAGAAAAGGCACUCACAGCUAAGAAUCCAUUUAUAUUUACUAUAGCCACAUUAACUGGACAUUCUAUUCGAGCUUACAAAAACUUCACGGCUUUGAUGGAUAAUGGUCCAGCACGAGUUAAAAAGGUAUCAUAUGAAUUACAAAAUUCUGGUGAUCUAAUCUCUGAUAUUGCCGAGAUUUCUACUAUUCGUAAAGAAGAUUAUGCUAUGAACAAGGCUAAAAGUGAAUAUGAAGACCUAGUACAGUGUAAUAAUGUGGCAAGCAGCGGUACACCACGAGGUCAUCAAAUGCCAGCGGCUUUUUUGGUUGUUGCUAGUGGCUUAAAUAAGCAUGGUCUUGAUGCCAAAGUGCAAAUUCCUUACACUAAUGUAGAUGUAGCCGGUAGUGCAGGUGAAAUUAACGUAACACCAACUGCUGCUCCUUUAAUGAUGUUUGCAAGACGAUAUAUUUUACCACGACUAAGUUUUAAGUAA